GGGCCGCUGUCACCGCCCCUUCCGCCGACGCGCGGAGGCGAGGGGCGGCCGGGCCGGGCGCGCAGGAUGCUCCGGUCCCUCUGGAGUUUCCUCAAGCGGCACAAGAAGAAAUGCCUCGUCCUCGGCACCUUCCUCGGCGGCGUCUAUUUACUGGGAAAAUAUGGGCAGAAGAAAAUCAGAGAAAUCCAAGAGCGGGAGGCAGCUGAGUACAUCGCCCAAGCACGAAGGCAGUACCAUUUUGAAAGUAAUCAGAGGACGUGCAAUAUGACAGUGCUGUCAAUGCUUCCGACAUUGAGGGACGCCUUAAUGCAUCAAUUAAAUUCUGAGAGUCUCACGUCUCUUCUUAAAAAUAGGCCAGCAAACAAGUUAGAAAUAUGGGAGGAUUUAAAGAUAAUAAGUUUCACAAGAAGCAUUGUAGCUGUAUAUAGUACCUGUAUGCUCGUAGUUCUUUUGAGAGUCCAGUUAAAUAUUAUUGGCGGUUACAUCUACCUAGAUAAUGCUGCACUCUGCAAAAAUGGCACAACACCACUGGCUCCCCCUGAAGUUCAGCAGCAAUAUUUAUCAAGUAUUCAGCACCUUUUAGGAGACGGACUCACUGAGUUGAUAACUAUUGUAAAGCAAGCUGUGCAUAAAGUGUUUGGAAGUAUUUCCCUUAAGCACACCCUAUCUCUUCUGGAGCUGGAAGAGAAACUUAAAGAUAUCAGGAAUGUAGUAGAACAUAAAGAUUCAGAUCAGACUGCACCUUACUCUCCCUUAUGUCAUUAUCUGAUGCCGGAUGAAGAAAACCCCUUGGCUACACAGGCCUGUGGACUCACAGAAAGAGACGUUGCUACAAUUAAAUUACUUAAUGAAACUAGAGAUAUGCUAGAAAGUCCAGACUUCAGCACAGUUUUGAGCACAUGUUUAAAUAGAGGAUUCAGUCGACUGCUGGACAAUAUGGCAGAGUUUUUUAGACCUACUGAACAGGACCUCUCUCAGAGUGGCUCUGUAAAUAGUCUUUCCAGUGUCAGUCUUCCUUUAGCCAAGAUAAUUCCAAUAAUCAAUGGACAGAUCCAUUCAGUAUGCAGUGAAACACCCAGUCACUUUGUUCAGGACCUGUUGAUGAUGGAACAAGUGAAAGAUUUUGCUGCUAAUGUUUAUGAAGCUUUUAGUACCCCGCAGCAACUAGAGAAAUGAACUGCACACUCAUAGGGAUAGAUUGUGUAUAUAUAAUAAAUCCCUUGUGACUACUGAGGAGACUUGGGUUAAUUUUGUAAUGGUGUAGGAGUGCCAGACCAGCAGAAAGAGAGUGCUGAAAAAAGUGGGAGUGAGCCCAUAUUAGCUCUAAUAGUGUCAGUUGCAAACACCCAUUAAAAACAUUCGUGUUGAAGGAAUCAUUGUAUGUAAAGACUUUUCUAUUUUUAAGAAGUGCUCAAACUCUUCCAUAAUUUGAUUAUUUCAUCUGAAGGGCAUCAGGUGGCAGUGUUACAAGAAGUCACUUUUUAAAAACCCCAUUUGUUUGCGUGGGGUGCCCCUGUUUUGGAAAAAACUAAUGAUAGUGACCCAAGAAUAGCACAGAGUAGCAAAAUGAAGUAAGGUUGCUUUCUUCUUCUCCCAAAUAUUUAUUUUCAUAAAGGAAAACUCAUUUUUUCUUAAACUUUACAAAUGUUAUUCCAAAGAGUCAUUCUACAGCAAGCCUUUGCCAACUGAUGCACAUUCUUCUUGAACAAGCUGGGGGGGUGGGCAGGAGGGAACUGCUCUCUCUGUUACUUGAUGCUAAAGGAAUGUGGAUUUUUAGAAGUCCUCUUGUUUAUGCUGUUCAAACAGCUACACUGUACACAUUAACUUGUAAAUAUUUUAUCUUAAUUUGUAUUAUUAAUUUUGAGCCUAAUUGUCUGUAUUGUAAUAAAAUAUUUUAAUGUAAAAUUUGUGUGUGUACUAACAUUACCAGCAGGAAAGGCAAUAACCUCUAUUGGCCCUUCACUUAAAAUCCUGUAAGAAUAAACAUAAAUUAUACAGUCAUAGUUUUGCACUUAUUGACAUUACUCAGGAAAAAUAAACCUUUGAUAUCUGCACU